CACCAUCAUUACGACCAACUGCUCUGAAUCUACCAAAUCUGAAGAUGAAUCAAUAAACUGUUGCUAUUGGAUCUAUGCGAUAUCGAAUAACUAUAUCAUCGCUAUAAACACCCGGAGAAAGAGGAUUGAAAAAGCUAGAAAGCAUCGAUGGCACAAACAUCACCAUUCCUCACCUUGCCAGGCGAAAUCAGAAACCAAAUCAUAUCCUACGCCUUUAAUCGUGCACCGGGCAGUAUACCAGCCUCGAGCCUCUCCAAAAGUGCCCUGGCACUCGCAUGGACCUGUCGCCAGCUAUACGCCGAAUAUGCCUCUCUUGCGCGCUCACACAGCGUCAUUUACCCUCUCAAAUGGUUGAGCGCACAGCAACUAGCAGAAAAAACACGAGCCCUGCUCGCUACUGCUUGCGCACCACAAGUCACCAAGCUGCAAAUUCUCCUACCAGCAUGCCUGGGAGAGCUGUACAUUUGCGAUUCCUCGGCAACAACGCGUCGACGCGUAAAAGGGUUCCACUUUGCCGCCGCGGGACUGCCGAACCUAGAAGAGCUGUAUUUCCGAUUUCAGAGCACAGAUUCCCAUGGUAACGGUGAUGGUAGUGGUAGCGGUGGCGCGGGCAGAGAACUUGUAGUACACAUGCUGUGGCGCUUGUUGUGGGAAAAAGACUUGUCGCGUCUCAACAAAAUCUGCAUCGUGCACGAUGGAGCACAGCCUUUUCUUUCACUGACACUGCUGCAUGGCAUGCUGGUCACCUUCAAGCCGCUAUAUGUGUCGCGCAGAUGGCAUAUCAAGUCGGAUUUUGAACAUGGACGGUUGGUGUUUGUAGAGAAAUCUGGAGAUAAGACAAAGAGGAGGAUCACGGUGCUUGUGGGAUAUAGCUUUCAUGAGGCCGAGGAGUAUGUAAAUGUGUGUGAGGAUAUUAUAGAGGACAAGCAUGCUGAUGUUGUCAUCGCUCGGCGGAGAGACUGCAAAUAUGUGGCUCCUUUAGAAGAGAUGACGGAUGCCGAUUUGAGACAGGAAGUUGAUAAUCUGCACACUUUGUUUCCAGUAUCUGCGACUGAAGAACCUUUGUUGCAGCCGCAUAUUGAAAAAAUACGUGCUAGGUGUAAUCCUCGUCUAUAGAGACUAAAGAGCAGCUAUUUGCCCUAAGUUGCUGUCCGCACAAUCAAAGAUAGACUCAACAAGCGUGAAAUAAUGGCGGUUUACAAGGAUGCCAAUCACUGUG